UAGACCGUGGGAAAGUUUUUUGAUUGUACUUGUAGAUUCUGCUGGAUGUCUCAUGUCUGUACUGUAUCAACAAGUGGGAAUACUUUUGUCUGUUUUGUGUCAUUAGGUUUUGGUGUUUGUAUAUUAAUGUGAAAUGAUAAUAAAUAAGGCAGUUAUAAUCCAUUUUACUUUAUGAAAACCAACAAAUAACAUCCGGAUCUUUGGUUAAACGUGCGAAAAGAAAAAUUUCAUUGUGUAGGUUAUGUUGUGAUUUGUCAAUGAACAGAAUGCAUCGUGAGAAUUCAUGUUUUUCCUUCUACCAAGAGGAUUAUCGGUCCAAAAAAUAUCCGUGAUUUUUGUACCGUAGCGUACAAUAUACGGUAUUGAUAGUUGUUGGUUAGAUUGCUUUGUAAUAAUGAAAAGUAGUGAUUCUUCAAAAAUGUCAACUGGUCAUGCAGUUGUUGUAUGGGAAUGGGAAAAUCGUCAUGGUAGGUGGAGACCCUAUAGCACCGAGGUCUCUCAACUGCUGGAAAGAGCUAAUUGUAAACAUUUAACUAGGGUUAUGCUCAGUGAUGCCGAUCCACUUUUAGAUAAGUUCUAUAUAAAUCUCAGAACUAAACAGCAGUGCUCAGAAGAUGGUGAAAUAGCUCCAUUCAAUGUGAGAAGGAUGCUGUAUCCUCCGGAUUCCCCAGCUGGUAAAGGAGCCAAAUGGGAGUGGGCAGGAGACAGCUCUGGAGAAUGGCAUACCUAUGAUAUGGAUGUCCAGUAUGUUAUAGAAGCAGCUUGGGCCAAGGGUGAUCAAACAAUUGACAUAAGUAAAACAUACUUGGGCUUUCCCUACAUCAUAAACUUCUGUAACCUCACACAAGUCCGUAGUACAACCGGAUUUGUAAGAAGCAUACGGAGGAUACAACAGGCUCCCUAUCCUCUUAUUAAAGUUACUCCUGAUGAAGCAACUGCUAUGGCAGGUAAUUGGUUAUCUUGCUUUUCAAAUUCAAAAAAGUCGAAUAACAGUGGUAGUUGUACCGGAGUUACCAACAACAAGAAGGCAAUUAAGAAAACUAAAGGAAGCGAAGGACCUGCUAAUAUUGCCAAAGCUAUUUUGAGCAAUCUCAAUAUUUUCGGCAACAAGGCAAACAUAAAUCAACAAUCGAACGAAGUGUUGGAUGCUGACUCCAGUAGCACUAAGAGCGGACGCCGUCCCAGUGUUGAUACUGUAUCAACGUAUCUCAGCCACGAAAGUGAACUCAGGAAUUCAAGGAAUGAUCUGCUAGACUGCAGUGCGAGUAGCGAAGAAGUAUUUGAAAGCAGACCUUCCAAAAAAGAACAUCUCCGUAAAGGUGCUAUCGUAGGCGUGGACGCAGUGAGCGAAGGCAUCUCCAAAUACGUGCGUGUGGUGGAUAAUCGCAAAGAAGGCUGCUGCCCCGUCUGCCUCUGUGACCUCAACUCGGAAGCGAUUGUGGUGCUGCUCACCAGAUGCCUCCACCGUCUGCACCUCGAUUGCCUCAAUUCCAUGCUAACUAGUCAGCCGAAUUCACAUCAGUGGCUGUACAUCCAGUGUCCUAUGUGCAUGACAAUUUAUGGCGAAAAACGAGGCAACCAGCCACCUGGCACAAUGGAGUGGGUGCUCAUGAACUCAUCACUGCCCGGGUUUCCCAAGCACAGGACCAUCCAAAUAACAUAUCAUAUCGUAUCAGGAAUUCAAGGCACAGAACAUCCGAGCCCUGGCCGGCCCUACUACGCUGUAGGCUUCCCUCGAGUGUGCUACCUGCCCGACACCGAGAAAGGCCGACUCGUGCUGAGGCUGCUGCACAUUGCAUUCCAGCGACGCCUCGUGUUCACCGUCGGUCGAUCGGUGACAACGGGUCGCGAGGACGUAGUCACGUGGAACGGCAUCCACCACAAGACCGAGCCUCACUCUUGGUUCGAUGAUUCAUUCCUGGACAAAUGUGUGGAUGAACUGGCAGCGCAGGGUGUGUGCUAAUCAAACGAACCUAUGGAGAGUAUCUAUAUGUGUCGCUCAAAGUAAUCUCAAAUAACUAAUAGUUCUGUGAACAGUAGACCUCACGCAGUUUUCUCAUCCACAAGUAUCUGAUGUCACCUGUUUUUAGUUGAUUCAGUUGAAUCAUAAUAUUAUACUAUUAAAAAUUUUAUUUGUUUUCUCCAAGAUCAAAAACUUAUGUUUUAAACUCAGUUCACGUUUGAAUUUGUAUCCCAUAUGAUGAUUCAUCCAAUGAUAAUCUUUUCAUCUGAUAAAAAUAAUUCUCAACUAUUUUUAAAUUAUUUGUUUUCAAUCAAGAAUAUUAUAGCCUAUAAUUUGUUCAGAGCAAUGUUUAGACGGCUUAGAAUUGCGGUAAUUGUGGUAAAAGUUUCUGAACGAUUUUUUGUCGACUGAUCAACACAGGAAAUAUCACCAUUGGUCACUUGUUCAAGUCUUUUUUUUCAGCAAUACUUGUGGAAGUCAUCUGCUUCUUUUUCAUCUUUAACGUCGUCGCUGUUAUGUUCGCGUUUUUGUCUCUUCCUGAAAUUGCGCAAUGUACUUAACUUUUGUUCAAACCGUUAUUCGUGAGCUUCUCAACAAGUUUUGGUGAUUAUUUAAUAUUGGACGGGGAUUCUUUUUUAACUGUUCAACAAAAUUUAGAAUUUGAGUUUUGAACAUUGGAUUCGUUCUCGGUGGCACUGGCCGGAUCCGAUACAUGUUGAGGGGACGAAGUUGAUGAGUCGCUUUCUUUCUUCUCGUAAUCUACUUCACGAUUUGAGUUAA